AUUCACUUUGCAAUAUAAUGGAGGAAGCGGUUUGUGUAAAGUAGUGAUCGUCAAGAUUCCAGGAGAAAUAAAUUGUUUCUGAUGCCAAGAAGAAUGGCAGAAUGUUCUGAAGGUGGCAGUGGUACUACAACAGUCACUGAAGAAGUAACUGAGAGCCCCACGGUAUGUAAAAUUUUUGAUUGAAAUUUCCAACUCACGGGCAACCCUGAGCUGAAUACUGCUGAAUACUGCUCGCUCGCCAGUGGGAACAGUGGGAAGGUUUCGGAAAAAAGCUGGCGUGAUUCACAGCUGUUCAGUUUGUUUGUUGGAUAUGAUGUUAUUGUAUAAUGAUUCAACUCCAAGUGAUUUAAUGAUUUUAAGAUCAUCCAUCAUCAUUUACUUUGCAUUGUAGGAUUUUGUAGGUUGACAAAAGGGAGAGAAUUUGUCAGGAGUAUUAAUAAACAGAUCUAGAAAGCGACAUUUUCAUGGAAAACACUUUCUUUUGUAGUAAUCCUCAGAGAUGCCAACCUCUGGAGAACUAAAAUCUAAAGACUUUCUUUUUUUCACUACCCUCAGGGAUAUCAACAGACCCCCCCCCCCGACAAAUUGACCACAUACUAUCCAAAUUCACAAUCAUCGUUUUGAUGUCAGUGACUAAAUACAUGCAGAAAUGCCCCUGAAACCGUACUGCAAAUAACAGAAAUUCAAGUUUUGAGCUAAAAGGGCUAAAUCACAAACUAAGGCACAGAAAAGCUCAAAAGAUGAUUUUAUGUGGGAGAUAUGGUGACCCGUAUGGGAGAGCCCGAGAUUGGUGCCGUAUCUGGGAGAGUUGGCAUGUAUGCACCCUAGUCCCCAAAAUGCUGGAAAUAGCAUUUUAAGGUGUUGGAAUUUCAAAAUUUUCUAGGGUAGCAUACCCUGCCAGUAGAGUGUCUCUCUCACUUGCUCUGUUUUGGUGUUCUCGAGAAAGACUCUGCAUGAAUUGAGUAAGAUCUUUGUUGAGCAUGCAUGCCUUGUUGCUCGGAUAUAGUUUUGAACCCAGGCCUAAUAGCCGUGUGCUUGCUACAGUGAGCUCGGUUAUGACCAUUGGUUUUUGUCAAUGAAAGGAUGGUGGCACUCGGAACAACCAGGUUGACGAGAGAGAACAAGAUUGCCUAGUGUAGAAGUUUGGGCUGCGGCGACCUUAAAAGCUUGACUCGAUUCAGACAGAGCCUACCUUUUGCCUUCCUCACACAACACACAAGAAGACAGUAAGAGGCUCCGCUCGGAGGAUGACACCCUUAGACUGCCCAAGAAGAAGGGGACUAAUGGCCCCUUGUUGAAACAGUCGGUUACCCUAGCUGUUAAAAUCUGCUCACUAAGUCAAUUUUUAAUGAAACCCCUGAUAACAUAAACCACUUUUCGAGUUCUCCUGUUGCUCAGUUAUACCAUCAUUGGUGAAAGCAUUUUUAAAAUUAUUUUUCAUUCCUUCAUUUGCAGCAACAGCGGCUUUUGCUGAAAUUGAAGAAACCAAAGUUAGACAAGAAGGUGCAAUGGGAUGAGAGUGCUGUCGAUAACGAGUUUAUGGGAAAGAAAAUAUCAAAAUGUAAAUAUCAACAUAUCUUUUGUGCAAAGAAAAUAGGUGUGCCAAUAAACUGUCCCCCCCAGUCAUUUUCAAUAGUAAACCCUCUUGAAACAUGGCCAGGUUUGCUAUGGCCAGAUGGUGUCUAUACACAAGCACUCCUUUGUUCCUGAAGUUUAAACAAUAAGUGAUGUUGUUUUUAUUAAUUAAUUUGUGUGAUUAUUACAGUCGAACCUCUAGUGCGAUCUCCUCUCGUAAGCGACCACCUCCCAUAAGCAACCACCUAUCCAAACCAGCAAAACUUUCCCAGUCAAAGCUUUACAGUUGGAGCCUCUAGUAAACAACCACCUCCUGUAAGCAACUGCAACCACUUUUUGGGCCUGAUGGUUAAUCAUUUUUCAUUGUUUUUAACCUCUUGUAAGCGACCACUGGAAGCAUUCUCUGAUCCCUAUUUUCACUGUGUGCACUAUGUUACUUAGAAUAUACAAAGAACUUUAGUGACAACAUGGAACUAACCAUAUACUAACUUAGACAUUGCAUGCAAAAAAUUAUCUUCCAAAAAGAUGUGCCUGGACCUCUUCUCAGAAGAGGCUCUCUGUGGUUCGAUUCUUGUAAAUGACCACCUCCCUUAAGCGACCACUCAGUCUUUGAAUUUUGGGUGGUUGCUUACGGGAGGUUCGACUGUAUUUUGUUUGGGUACACAAUAAUGGCUGACUGCUCUAGUAGUGCCUGGUGGCCCCUAGUGAGUCACUUUUUUUGUCUUUGAGGUGCAACAAGGAUAUUAUAGCCUUAGCAUAAAUGUAAGGUACCCCUAGAUCAGAGGAUUAGACCCUGGCCUUCGCACAGGUUUUCUUUGAGCACAGCCUUGACUACAGUCCAACAUAUGCUUAAAUAUUUGGGUGACUUAAUUUACCUUAAGUGUAUGAUUUUCAAUCAUCCUCAUAGAGCAAUCCUUUCUGUACUUGUUCGACAUGCGAAAUCCACCUGAAGAACUUGAUGUUAUGUUUUUGCAGGUUGUUGUAUUUAUUCCAAGCCCAAGAUGUUUGGAGACUCUUCUUCUGAGAGUGACAGCGAUGAAGAUGGAUGUUCACACAAUGCUUACUGCACCGGCCAUAAAAAGAAAGGCCACAGAGGUCAUCAUCAUCAUCAUCACCAUGGCGACAAAGGAGAUGAGUCAGCCCCGAGUGGGGAUUCUGAACAAGGACCAAGCUUUAGCACUUAAAUAUGUUCUUAUAAGAGAAAAGUUUCAUUUAUUAGUAAUAUUAUUUUAGUAGAAAGUUUCUGACCUGAUAAUAAUACUGUUACUAUUAAAACUUGUAAAUAUGGAAAAAUUCUGGGUCCAGUUGCUAAACGUUUUCACUGUACAUUCCAGCAGCUCAUAAGGCUUAAUAAUUGGUUACUGAUCUACAUUAUUGGAUUUGUUGUCUUUGCAAAUUGGCUCUCUGGAGGGCUCGAGUUUGAAAUGUGAAGUUUUAAAUUUUUUUGUAUUGGUCAAAUUUACUUGAUUAAAUCCAGUCUAUGAUAGAACCAAUAAGAUUGUUCAGGGGAGCAGUGUGACAUCACAAAGAUUCAAAAUAUUUGUGAAAUUAUUUGGUUGGCAUAUUCAGAAAGAACAAGAUGAAAAAAAACCCAUUUG